CCUUAAAAUGCACCAGAAUAAUACUUUGACGAUACGGUUCUCAUAAUAAUUAUUGAAAGAUUCUGAGGUCUAGGGAAUUAACCAUUUACCUAUUGGCUACUGUCCUGAGACCAACAUUUAGCACAGGGUCAGGGCUGCUCUCUGUGAUGACAUCACAAACGUUGACUGGCUGAGACAGUUGUUGUCCCGGUAACCUGAUACAAACUUGGUCCCUGGACAACAGCCACUUGGUAAAAUCAGGACGCGCAGGAAUUAGACACUGCACAGAUAAUGUACGAGUCUGCCUGAAGAAAAGAAAAAAGAAAAAACGAUUGAGGUCAAUAAAAUGAAAUAACAACACAUCCACAUCAGGCCCAGUGAGACGACCAGAAGUGCAUUUUCAGCGCGAUGAUUGUUUCGGUUUUUUAAAUCAUAAUGUAAAUAGACUGGUCAAAAAAAAUAGUUCUUGAUGUAAUUCUGACUCUGACUCACUAGAGGGAAACAGACUAGUUUAUGGCUAAAGGUUUCAACCCAGCCUCAUCCGGCUCUGACACAACUGCUGAUCUUCCUUCUGAUCACAUGACACCAUCCACGACCUCAAACUAAAUAUUUUGUUUGGACCCAUUUCUUCUCUUCGUGUUAAACAUUGCUAGAGAAAGAUAUCUGGAAGAGCACAUAUUCCAUGUGAGCGGACAAACUGGAAUGUGAACAAGUAUAAAUUUGAGUGUGAGAACGUAAAUGUUUUCGACACCCCCAGCAUCAUGAAAUCUAUGGUGGCCCGCAAAGGAGCCAGUCUUCAGCUUACACAUGGAGCCUUUGAAGGGCGGCCACGAAGCUUGAUGUGUUUUCACACCAGAAGAGCCAAUGGCUGUGUGUCUCAGGUCCUGAGCUACAGAUCAUUGACGCUGAAUUUCAUCACUUUGAAGUAGCACUUGAGUUAAUACAGAUUACAAUUCAGACAAUGUGCAAGUGCGGUCGGGUGGCGGCAGGUCAAGCAAUCCCUGUCUCCAGCUACAUUUUCCAGCUCCUCCAAGGAAAUCCAGAGGCUUUUCUAGGCCGCAUGAGAUACACAAUCUUCCAGCAUGAGCUGGGUCUUUACCGCGAGGCUUCCCACCACUUGGACGUGUCUGGAAGACGUCCAGUGGAAGGCCCCUUGGAGACUUUUACAUAGCUACAUUUUCCAGCAGUUUCUCUACUAUGCAGUUUGCCUGCCUUGACUGAAACGAACAGUCAUCCGUCUGCAUGGUUGUGACAGUUGAUGUCACAUGAUGGCAGAGCCCAUGGCUCCAUUACUGCGUGGAGCUUUGGUGCAUGUCACAGCCCUUCUCUCACCCCUGGUUUCCAGACUGUCUCUCCAUGGUUGUCUAUCAAAGAAUUUGUAACUUGUGUUUUGAUUCAACAUUCUUGAAAAACGUGACGAACCCACAGAGAAUCACAUUAAUGCAGUUCCCCUCAGCUCUACGGAGGGAUUUAAACGUAUUCCAGCUCAAUGUUUCGAUUCCACAGCUGCAAAUUUUUUGUUAUUCACUCGUAGAGCUCUGUAGGUUUUUUUACCCCCUCCCAAACUCUCAAAAAUCCCACAAACUUUACCGGUGAACAAAGCAAAACACAAGAGAGGUCAUCAACAAACCGGAAGGAAGGGUCAGUCGUUCAACCUGCGCUUCCCCCAGUCAGCAAGUCGAAGCCUCCUUGGGCAAAGACCACGGGCGUAGCACUGGGGGGAAAAAGGGGACAGACUACCCAGGGCCCAAGGGUGGGGGGCCCCUGGGAAGCCUGGGAUUAGUGUUUUCUUAGUAAUAAGUGUCAUAACAAAUUGGCCGAAUACAUUGGUUGAGAGACUGAACUAUGUAUUUCAAAAAAUAGUGGAGUCCUUGGAUAUUAUCUAUUAUCAGUUUAACAACUGAAAUGACAGCUAAUUUGAAUAGCAGUGGUCUGGCAGCAUUAGCGAAUAACACAAUUGUUUGAACUGAGUGAGAAACUGAUUCAAGAUGGGUUAUCUAGUCUUCAAUUUAAAUAUCUUACAUUACUAUUGAAACAGUUUUAAUGGGGCCUAUAUUUUCUACAAAUAGUCCCAAUGGAAUCUGCUGACAGUGAAGUUUUUUUGAACUAUUAUUGAAAAUGAAUAUGAUGUAUAUUGGCAUCUUUGGUUUCGUACAGCCUCUAUCUUUCCCAGGCUGUGGUCCUUGUUAAUCAAUUUUGUGCUGUGCUCCCCCCCCCCCCUCCCCAGUUUACCACAUGACCAGCGUGUUCUACUUUUUUAAACCCUCAGUACUGAUCGAGCUGACAAUCAGACGACGACCACGCACACGACCAAGCGCUGAAUACCUGAUCUACGUACCGUCUUCAGUAUGGACCUGCGGUUCCUGUUUGUGGCUCCCACUCUGAUUCUGGGGGUCACUCUCACCAUGCAGACGGCAGACGCACCGUGCAAAAUCAAAUGGUUGUUCGGCAUCUCAUGCAGUGAAGUCAACGACAAGCUGGUGAGCCAGAUCAAGGCCUGGCAGACCAACGGGAGCUGUCCGUCUGCAGGAGAGAGGUGCUCGUAUGAGCUUGUGUCGGCUGCUCCGAGCCUGAUCAAAUCCACGCACACGUCUCCCAGUACAAAGAAAGUGAGCAACCUGGAGUUUCUUCUGGAGCAAUCCGUCAUUUGCAAAGUGUCUGGUGACGCUGCGUACGGCUUUUCCAAAGUUCAAGCCGACAAUGGUACAAACUACUGCAGCCUCCAGAACCUGAUCGACGGAAGUGACCUGAUAAAUGCUGAGGGGUACAAGCAGUUCAGCAACAAGUGGAUCUGUCCUGGGUUCGAUACUGCAAACUGCACCUUAUCUUAGGAGGAGAGUGGAUCCUCCUGGCACCGAGUGUCACGUGGAAUAACACGUAGAUGUAUUUGUGUAGAAUAAUAACUCUGAAGAAUAAUUACCCUAUCUUUUCUCUGUCAUUCCUAUGUACGUGCAUACUUUGAGUUUUCUCUUAAACCUUUUUUUAACAGCAUUAUGAAACCGGUGACAAGGAUCAAAUCAUUUAACUUCAAUAAAGUUUAAUAAAAAGAGCAGGGAUUUUUAAUCUGCUAACGCAAAGUAACUUAACUUGAAUACAUUUAAAUACUGUAUGUGGUUUUUUUUUUAAUAAUAAAUGAAUUAACUAAAAA